GCUCAAAAGAAAUUGUGAUACGCGAAAGAAAGAAAAAAAUUACUUUCAACUAAAAGAAGCACACAGCACAAAAGAGGUAGUCUCGUUGUGAUGUCAGUAUAAAGCCAGUUGACGCAAUUCCAUCUCCCGAUCGAACCUGUACAAACCAUGGCAACAACGAGCUCCGACCGGUUAAUCGCCGGUUUAACGGCGUCGAUCGGCUCAAUCGAAUCUCGUUACGCAAAUCCAGCUCAAUCCGUUUCUCUAAUCUGUCGAAAUCAAAUCAAUGGCGCACCGCCUAUCGUCUUGCGGUCCUCUCGAAGGUCCAGGCUGUGGUUAAUCGAGGCGAUUCCUCCGGCAAAGUCCUGGAACGGAUCUAACGAUGGCGACGAAGAUAUCAAGAAGUCAGACACUCGUAAUUACGCGAUCGGUGGAACCGGUGGUCACGCGGUCGCCGGAAAAGAUGACAGAACGAUGGAGAUAGUAAUAGCAGCGGCGACCACGGCGGCGCUGGGUGUCGGGAAUCGCGUACUGUAUAAGCUGGCUCUUAUUCCUCUCAAGCAAUAUCCCUUCUUCCUCGCGCAACUCUCCACAUUCGGAUUUCGAUUUCGAUUUGUGGUCUCUUUUGAUGAUCUAGCAUUCAUUGUGUUCAAUUGUUGGACCAUUUUUAAAAUGUCGACUACUACUGAGAACAGGAAAUUCUAUUCACCGGUUUAUACAUUAGCAGUGACAGUUUAUGAGAUAGACGCAUUAGAUAUCACUCUGGGACUGGAAGAAAUGUAUGUAGCUGUAUACUUUUCGAUUUUGUAUUUCAGAUACCGAGCUGGAAUUGUUACAAAAGAGAUGCUAUCAGUUCCAAAACUUCCAUUUUUAAUUGUUGGCGUCUUGGAGUCUCUUGCUCUAGCUGCUGGGAUGGCGGCCGCAUCAAAUCUUUCUGGACCAUCUACUACAGUUUUAUCUCAGACAUUUCUUGUCUGGCAAAUUCUUUUCUCCAUUAUAUUUCUCGGGAGGAGAUAUAGAAUAAAUCAAAUAUUGGGAUGUACUCUUGUAGCAUUUGGUGUAAUCGUCAGUGUAGCAAGUGGGUCGGGUGCCGCUCAUUCAUUUAAAGAUACAGGAAUACUUUGGAGUCUUCUUAUGGUGUUUUCUUUUCUGCUUCAAGGAGCAGAUACAGUAAUGAAGGAAGUCAUCUUUCUAGAUAGCAAAAAGCGAUUGAAGGGUGCUUCACUUGAUUUGUUUGUUGUAAACUCAUAUGGUUCAAUUUUCCAAGUCAUAUGCAUUGCGUUGCUUCUUCCUUUUCUUUCAAAGCUUUGGGGCAUACCGUUUAACCAACUACCGAGCUAUAUCAGAGACGGGGGUGCUUGCUUUCUAAAUAUUGGUUCUAGAAUAACAGGAUGCGAAGGGGCUCCCCUUCUUCCUGUAAUGUUUGUCAUGAUGAACAUGGCUUAUAACAUCUCUCUUCUACGCCUCAUCAAGAUUUCAUCUGCAGUUGUGUCGUCUCUGGCAUCCACCGUUUCAGUGCCCAUAGCGGUGUACUGUUUCACGCUUCCCCUACCAUACCUUGGGGUGGCAUCUACACUACCAAGGGGGUUUGUUGCAGGCACAAUCAUCCUUGUAGUCGGCAUGCUUCUAUAUGCUUGGACACCAUCUACUAACACUUCCGAUUCAAUUAUCCCCUCACCCCCAUCCACAUAGCGGCAGGAAAAUUGGUUUUUGUAACAUUAUUUGGUUUCCUUCUCUCUUCUCAUCUUAGCAUAUGCUCUUUUUUUGUCAAAUAAGAAAUUUUUUUAUGCAUUCUUUACAAAAGAAUGGUUAGUUUUCAGUUUUGCUUUUCAAAAACUAUGCAGAGGAUAAUGUACUUUGUAAUGAUGUAUAUCAAUUAUCAACAUAUUUUUUGUCAACAGC